AUGUCAGCCCACGUCCACGAACUCCCACACCUAAUCGAGCUGCACUUCUAUCGACUUGACGAAAAGAAAGAUCACGAUGAGCGACUAGCACUUGUUGCCUAUGACAGAGAGGCUGGUAUCAGACUCAAAGAUGGAACAGUCAAUUGCCCAGCUAUGUGGUUUGAUCAGAAUGGCAGAGCCCACAAUAGAAGUGGAAUUCUCUUCAGAACUGCAAAGUCGCACGGACUUAUCGGCAUGAUCCAUAUGCCUCCUCGUCAGGCUAUUGAUAUGAUUUAUCGGCAUGCGGCUUUGUGGAGUGUAUACACGAUUCUCGGCUUUGAACUCAGCAAGGUCGAAUCAAUCGAAACCCCCGAUGAUUGCAAAACAACUACUAAAGACUCUGCUUUCGUAACCUUUGUGAAUUGGCUCCGACUCUGGCUUCCCAAAGGGUUUUACAUCGAUUCUCCAGACGACUGGGCUUAUGCACGUCUAAAUCAGGUUUCCCGCGAUCGCAAACGUCGCAUAGUCCGAACCCGAGAUGAUGAUGAGCGCGGGAAAGCUGAUGCCGAGAAAUUUACAAAGGCAAUAUACACAGGAUUUCAUAAAGUGGUCGAGGAUAAACCUGAGGAUCUCUUCAGUGUGAAGGAUCCCAGGGUGAUGGGGCAAGGAGCUUGGGAUGGAACAGAGGCAGAGGAGGAUAGAUUGAUUAGGAGAGUGGAGAGAAUGGUUAAUAAAAGGUUGGGGGUGGAGGAGGAGGAGGAAUAUGAUGAUUUGAAGAGCAGGUGGGGGGAUUAUGGGAAACACUGA